UUUUUAUCACUACUCAGUGGCUUUUUACCUGCUGAGUUGCUUAGAUCUCUCUCUCUCCCCCUCUCUCUCUCUCUCUCUCUCUCUCUCUCUGAUAUUCUGCUUUCUCUCUCUUUGGGGAAGAGAUGGGAGAAGGAAAGGGUUCGACCCUGGUGCACCUUCUGGUGGUUGUUCUAUGCUUAGUGGCCUUCGGGUUCGCCAUUGCUGCUGAGAGACGAAGAAGCGUAGGCCAUAUAGUAGAAGAUACUCGAACAAAUUCAAGUUACUGUGUUUACAACUCAGAUGUUGCAACUGGUUAUGGAGUGGGUGCUUUCUUGUUCCUUCUUUCUGGUGAAUCUUUACUCAUGGGUGUUACAAGGUGCAUGUGUUUUGGGAGACCUUUAGCCCCAGGUGGCAACCGAGCGUGGUCUAUUAUUUAUUUUGUCUCGUCCUGGUUGACUUUUCUGGUUGCUGAAGCAUGUCUAAUUGCGGGCGCAACGAGGAAUGCGUACCACACUAAGUAUCGGUCAGUGCUUUAUGCUCAGAACUUCUCAUGUGAAAUGUUGCGGAAGGGUGUUUUCAUUACUGGAGCAGUGUUUGUGGUUGCAACAAUGAUUCUCAAUGUGUAUUACUACAUGUACUUCACCAAAGCAACUACCACUGAGGUGGCUCAUAAAACCAAUCGUGCCAGCUCAACUGUUGGAAUGGCUGGAUAUGCAUAAUAGAAUAUAAACGAACGAAACCGGAUGGCAUGUUAGUUUUGCAUGUUGUUGAAUUGGUGUGCAAUUCUUCUCUGAUUGUAAUUUGCUGGUCUACAGAUACAUUUUGCUUAUCCAAUGAUAUACAGUUUUAUUA